AUGUCAUUCCCAGAUCGAGCUCAACGAAAAACAUGUUGGGAUUCUAGAGACCGUUACUGGGAGUGUUUAGAUAGUCACAACAUCAAAGACAGUUCUAGAAUACCAAAAGAGUGUACUGAAAUUAGAAAAAUUUUUGAAAAGUCAUGCCCUCCUAAGUGGGUGACUCAUUUUGAUAGAAAAAGGGACUAUGAUUUAUUUAAAGAGAAAAUGCAGAAGGAGGGAUUUGAGCCUAUCAAAGAAACACAAUGA